AUGGCAUCAUCUCAUACUUCGCUCAAGGAAAACAUAACAAAGGCGUACAACAGCAUAGCACUCCGCUACGCAGAAUGGACAAGACCGAGUCAUCCGAUUCGCAUCCAGUAUCUUAACAGAUUGUUAGAAUAUCUCCUCUCCUCAUCACAUGAAAAGUCGGUCCUGGAGCUCGGAUGUGGUUCUGGAGAUCCCUGCACUGUUCGUCUCGCAUCCAUCCCAGGCCUAAAGGUCACGGCAAAUGAUAUUUCAUCGGUGCAACUGGCCCUCGCAGCUCAGCAUCUCACUUCCAAGGAUGUGUCUCUGGUUGAGGGGGAUAUGAUGAAUCUAUCCUUUGAAGGGCACAGUAUGGAUGCUGUGGUUGCCAUGUAUUCGAUUAUUCAUAUCCCCCGAGAGGAGCAACUUGCACUUCUCGUAAGGAUACACAAGUGGCUGAAGCCUGGAGGGUGGUUCUUGGGAAAUUUUGGCUCGGGAGAUGGCAGUACGGGUUCAUUUGACGACUGUUGGUUCGAUGGAAUGGAGGGAGUCAUGUUCUGGAGUGGAUGGGGAGAGGAAGGGACCCGUGAGAUGUUGACAGCGAUUGGAUUCGAGCUCAUCCUUUGCGAGGUUGUGACCGAUAUCGAAGACAAGGGUGGAGAGACACAAGAAGUCCCCUUUUUGUGGGUUUUGGGGAGGAAGCCCGAGAACUGA